AUGUUUCGCAACCGGAACAGUACUCGGAAGCCCGAUGACGAGUUCAUCAGUCGCUUCCAGCAAACAUUUUCCGAGAUCGUGCCCCGUCGAGACAGCGACCAUGGACCGGAUGGGGGCAUUCCCUUGAUGACAGGACGGUAUGCAGAACCUGAGCUAUUGAAUCUGGGGUUUGGUGCUGACAUGGCCGAUGUGCGAUCUAGACCGCUGGAGCAUGAUCCACAGCAGAUGAAGUUGGAUGAGGCCAAUGUGAAAUUUCUCAACGAACGCACCCCACGCAAUCUACAAGACCUCAAUUGGAGCCCGUCAUGGAUGGACACAGCGUCGAUGCAGUUGAUGUCUUCCUUUGCCGGCCAACAUCCCGGAUUCUACACCCCCAACUCCGGCGGCAUGGGCGCCGUCUUCCACAAUCAAGCCGGCGACCUACACACACCUACCACCGGCAUGAAUAUGAUCACCCCCCUCUCGCUCUCAAACCCGCUCGUUGGGGCUCACCCCAGCAACACACAUAUGGACCAGCAGUUUCAGCAACAUUAUAUGGCCACUCACCUGCCCGACAUGAACCCCUAUCUGCAACAAGCGUCCUUUGCGCCUAGCGCAUUCAUGAACCGGAACUCAUUCGAUGCGAUGGAUGAAUCCGGCGAUAACGGGUCGAUGCAUUCGAUGCAUUCGAUGCCGGUUGAUCAGGCGUCCAAUGCCACCAAUGCGACUGAUUAUUCCAAUGCCAUGAGCAUGUCCUAUGCUGAUGCUGACAACUUUCGAUAUAAUGUGACGCUCCGAGCACCAACCGCAAUGGUGAAGCAUCGACGAGAGAUCCCCAUAUCUUACCUCAACAAGGGACAGGCCUAUAACUUGACAGUGACCGAUUCAACCCCACCAAUGGCCACUUCCGAAACCGUUAAGUACCGCACGUUUGUCCGCGUUUCUUUCGACGAAGAGCAGCAACGAUUGAAACCGGCAACCUGCUGGCAAUUAUGGAAGGAGGGCCGAGGCUUGAACGAGGCACACCAACGCGGAGGGAAACUUUUGGCCGUGGAAUUUGCGGAUUCGGUUCCAGGCGGCGACAACAAGCACCGCCAGAUCCAGCUUGAACAGAUGUCCUUCGAUGGGUUCUGUGUCACCUGGACUGCCAACCCCGACACCGGCACAUCCGACUGCUCUAUUCCCGUGCGAUUCAAUUUCUUGUCGACUGAUUUCAGUCAUUCCAAGGGUGUGAAGGGCAUUCCAGUCCGACUAUGCGCCAAGACAGAGCUCCUUGUACCAGGCGAAGACGCUGGUGUGUCCCGGGAAGCUGAGGUGUCUUACUGCAAGGUCAAGCUCUUCCGCGACCACGGCGCUGAGCGCAAGCUGUCCAACGAUGUCGCCCAUGUGAAGAAGACGAUCGAGAAGUUGAAGCAGCAGAUUGCACAGGCGGAGGUGGGCGGUGGAUUCGGCAAGCGCAAGCGUGGCAGCGCCGCUUCGACCUUGAAGUCUAUGGAUCGGUCGAAGACUUCGAAGCACAAACGGACCUGGUCGAUGGAAUCCCAGGACGGAAACUCCGAGAAGAUGUCCUUGGAAGAUGACCUCCAAUCCAAGCUGGCCAUGAUGCAGGAUAUGUUCUCGUCCACUCGCAAUGUCAGCGUUCUCGCCUUACGCGGGGAGGAGGAGGAUGAUCCCGAUUUGUACCCGGUCCGACUUCCUGCUGACAGCGAGAUAAAGACGGACGGCCUGAACCGCCAGAGCUUCAACGCAUCGCAGUCGUUGGAGUCUUUGAUCUUGUCCCCCACCAGCAGCAAUGUCUCAUUGAAUUCUCCUCACAUGGGCAGCUUCAAGGACCUGAAGAAAUCAGGCGUGGUACACAAAAUCAAAUCGGAGGACGCCAAGGUAGGCUACAUUGAGGUCGUCGACGUCGACCCGACCUACUGUCCUCCAGCAGAGCGACCGCCUCAGCCCAUCGCAUGCUUUUAUGUCAAAUUCGCUGGAAACAACCAAAACCCCGAUUUCUAUCGCGCAAUCUAUCUUACCGAACGGACUGCCCGAGAUCUGACGCAGAAAAUCUCCGAGAAGCACCACAUCGAUCCAGCCCGCAUCGUCCGCAUCGUCCACGUCAAUAAAAAUGGACUGCGGAUCAUGGUCGACGAUGACGUCGUACGUGAGCUUCCAGAAGGGCAGGACAUGGUUGCCGAUAUCUACGAAACUCCAGGCCCCGGUGGCGGCUUCUCGGGAUCUCCCAUGGAGAUCAAAUUAACGUAUUAA